GGUGAAGUGAUCGGCCUGAUCUGGCAAGCUGGCCCAUAGUACAUGUCUAGUAACUCUCCACUAGCCACAGCUUACACUCCAGCGACCACGAGUUUCUACAACCCUAACACCGGACAAUCAACGAUCCUUCCAACCUAAAGUGACUUCUACCAGCUUUUAGAGCUAUCUGCACACUCUAUUCUCGAUCUGCAUCUUUCAUCAUGACGUUCGCUGAGGAAUUCCGCUCGAGAAACUUCAGUAUCUACGGACAAUGGACGGGUGUUGUAUGCAUUGUCCUGUGCAUCGCCCUCGGCAUUGCCAACAUUUUUUCGUUUAACGCCGUUCGCAUCGUCUUCAGCAUCCUAUGCCUCGUUUCGGGAUUCAUCCUCGUUUUCAUCGAGGUUCCGUUUCUACUCAGAAUUUGCCCUACCUCCGAAAAGUUCGACACCUUUAUUCGACGUUUCACCACUAACUGGAUGCGAGCUGCCAUGUACACAGUCAUGAGUGCUUUGCAAUGGGUCAGCCUUGUCUCCGGUGCGUCGAGUUUGAUCGCUGCAGCCGUUCUCCUCCUUCUCGCCGCUCUCUUCUAUGCCCUGGCAGGCUUGAAGAGCCAGGAGUUUGUUGGAAGUAAGACCUUGGGUGGCCAAGGGCUUGCGCAAAUGAUUGUCUAAGAGAAGUCAGCAUGGAAGAUUGUGGACUAUGGCUUGAGGUAUGCUUGGCUCCUCAUGCCGACAAGCAAUGCUUGUGGUGCUGACGACAAUGCUUUACAAGUAAAUCAAAGCAGGCCGAAGAGAAGAACAAUCAAAAUGGGAGACGCGAGAGAGUAUGAGGGAUAUGUCUGUGUUGAAUGCGCCAUGAUCACGAAUUGAUAUCGUCCUCGACGACGCUACUAACAGGUAUUUUGUACUAUUAUCAUUAUGUCGAGUUGGUUUGGGUACAAAAGGAAAAGAUAAAAAAAAAAAAAGAUUCACCCUCGGGUUUCAUGAGAUUCAAGCCUCGAGUGAGAGUUUUGGAAGAGGUUGGCCCAAUUAUCUUCCUCCUGUGGUGAUUUGUGCUGGUCGUGUUUUUUUCUGUUUCUUUUUUUGUUUUGCCUUUGUCUCUAUUAUGUCUACUGAACAGUCUGCCUUACACCAAGCUUUAGACGAGCCCUGUAUCCUUACCAAUAUACCUAGCGAGAAUACCCUUUUAGCAUCCUGGUGAUGAAUGAAUUGAUUUGAAGGGUGAAA